UGCCAAACUGGCACGCGGUCUGCUCAGCAUGACUCAGCAUAUGACGACUUCCCUGGUUAACAGCCGUUUUGAUGUAGUUUUUCGUCCUACUACAUUUAACCGCCGGCACCAUCUCUCGCUAUCCCGCCCAUCAGCGUCACUGAUUCAAAUUUGCAGCCUCGGCAGCGGGAGAGAAAGCACAGAGCCACGGCUGAUCACAGACGCUCACACACUCAGGAGCAGAGGCAGCGAGAGGAUCUCACACACACACACACACUCACACACACACUCACAGCGAGUGAGGGCUCGAGGAUUCGUCAGUGCUUUCUUUUUCACUUGCAUGAACGCAACUGUAGACCCUCCCAGGAUCUAAAGAUGUGGACAGAGGUCGGAAAGCUUGUGCUGUUACAUUUGUUACUCAUGGAGCUCCGCUGCGCUGAAGGAACUCAUACGCAGUCGGAGUGUGAAACUGGGCAGUUUCAGUGCAAGAAUGGACGGUGCAUCCCGACCCUGUGGAGAUGUGAUGAUGAUGAUGAUUGCUCAGACAGCAGCGACGAGGAGAACUGUCCAAAGAAGACAUGUGCGACCACAGACUUCACCUGUAAGAAUGGGCAGUGUGUUCCUGCUAGGUGGCGCUGUGAUGGAGAACCGGAGUGUGCAGACGGUUCAGACGAGGCUGAUGCCAUCUGCAGCCGGCAGACCUGUCCACCGGAGAAGUUUGACUGCGGAGGAGCUGUCAGCAAAUGUGUCUCAUUGUCAUGGCGCUGCGACGGGGAGCGGGACUGCGAGAACGGCGCAGACGAGGAGCAGUGCGCUGCAGAUGCCAAGGCUUGCCCCUCCAAAGAUUUCCAGUGCCGUAAUGGGAAAUGUGUGGCACCACUCUUCGUUUGUGAUGGCGACGACGACUGUGGGGACGCCAGCGAUGAGGAUAAAUGCUCGGCUCCCACCUGUGGCCAACAUGAGUUCCGCUGCAAUGACUCCGAGUGCAUCCCCGCCCUGUGGAGUUGCGAUGGCGACCCGGACUGCAAGGACAAGUCCGAUGAAUCCAUGGAGCGCUGCAGUCGGAGGACGGAGCCCCAGAAACCCCGCUGCCCAGUGGGCGAGUUCCAGUGUGGGAGUGGAGAGUGUGUCCACAUGAACUGGAAGUGUGACGGAGACGCAGACUGCAAGGACAAAUCGGACGAGGCAAACUGUCCCCUGCUUACAUGUCGCCCUGAUGAGUUCCAGUGUGGUGAUGGAUCCUGUAUCCACGGCACCAAACAGUGCAACAAAGUUCACGACUGUCCGGACUACAGCGAUGAAGCUGGCUGCAUCAACGUUACAAAGUGCGACGGGCCAAGAAGGUUCCGCUGUAAGAACGGGGAGUGUAUCGACAGCAGCAAGGUGUGUGACAAUGUGAAAGACUGCAAGGACUGGUCUGAUGAACCCAUGAAGGAGUGCGGCCUGAAUGAGUGUGCGGACAACAAUGGUGGCUGCUCCCACAUCUGCAGGGACCGGAGAAUUGGUUAUGAGUGUGACUGUCCCACUGGAUACAAACUCCUUGACAAAAAGACUUGUGGAGACAUAGACGAAUGUGAGAACCCCGAUGCUUGCAGUCAGAUCUGCAUCAACUACAAAGGAGAUUAUAAGUGUGAAUGCUACGAAGGCUAUGAGAUGGACCCUGCCUCUAAGACCUGCAAAGCCGUGGGAAAGAGUCCGUACCUGAUGUUCACCAACCGCCAUGAGAUCCGUCGCAUUGACCUGCUGAAGAGUGAAUACGCGCAGGUUGUUCCCACACUGAAGAACGCUGUGGCCCUGGAUGUGGACGUGUCCACCAACAAGAUGUUCUGGUGUGACCUGUAUCAUCGGAAAAUAUACAGUGCUUACAUCAACAAGGCCAGUGACUCGUCACAGCAAGUGACUCUCAUCGACUCGCUCCACUCCCCUGAGGGCCUGGCCGUGGACUGGGUCCACAAGAACAUCUACUGGACUGACUCGGGCAACAAGAGCAUCUCCGUCGCCACGGGAGACGGCAGGAAGAGGAAAGUGCUGAUAGCCACCGACCUGAGCGAGCCACGGGCCAUUGCUGUGGAUCCUCACCAAGGGUUUAUGUAUUGGUCAGACUGGGGAGGUCAGGCCAAAAUUGAGAAGUCUGGGUUGAAUGGAGUGGACCGACAAGUUCUGGUGUCUGAACACAUCGAGUGGCCCAAUGGAAUCACUCUGGACUUGUCUAACAGGCGUCUCUACUGGGUGGAUUCCAAGCUGCACCUGCUGUCCAGUGUUGAUCUGAAUGGAGGCAACCGCAAAGUGCUGCUGUCCUCCCAUGACCACCUGGGACACCCCUUCGCCCUCACUGUUUUCGAGGAUCGCAUAUAUUGGACAGACUUGGAGGAUGAAGCGAUUUACAGUGCCAACCGACUGACAGGAAACGAUGUGGCAAAGGUGGCAGAGCACCUCAACAACCCCCUGGACCUGGUGGUGUUUCACGAGCAGAAGCAGCCCAAGGCCCCCGACACCUGCAACAUGGGAAGUCUGCCUAACGGCGGCUGUGAGUACCUCUGUUUGAAGGCCCCACAGAUCACAGACCACUCCCCAAAGUACACCUGUGCCUGUCCGGAUGGCAUGGAGCUGGGACCAGACAUGAGGCGCUGUGCGAUAGUUCGACCAAGAACAACUACAGCUGCUCCAACCACCACCACCACCACCACCACUACCACUACCACUACAACAAGCACCACACCAACCACCACCAUUAUUAGCACCACCACGACUCCACCCACCACCACAACUGCAAGCACCACUGCCAGCUCUGCUGCCCCAACACUCAGGCCCUGGAACAGACGCGUGACGACGCCGGCCAGUCCACAGGCCCCCAGGAGCACCUCUACGGAGCAGCCUCACACCCCCGCUGCCACGAGUACAGAGACAACCAGCUUCAGCAGCACAAGUCAGACGUCCACGUCCACACAUACACCCCUGUUGGCCCCGCUGGCCCCCAACACCAUUCAAAGAGAGAGCAACGGCAACCUCUCACACAGAGCUGCGAGUGAUCACUACCUCAUAGGUAACAACAUCACAGUAGCUGUUCUGGGGAUAGUCAUUCCUAUCGUCCCUAUCCUUGCCACAGUGGUCAUCGGAUUACUCUGCACCGGUGGAUACCUGGUUUGGCGCAAUUGGCGACGCAAGAACACCAAGAGCAUGAACUUCGACAACCCUGUUUACCGCAAAACCACAGAGGACGACGACGAUGAAAUCCACAUCGGGCGACACAGCGAAUCCAUCGGUCACGUGUACCCACCACGCGUGGCUCUCAGUCUGGAGGAUGAUGGCUAUCCCUGAGGGGGGGGAAGGCGUCCUGCCCCCCUCCUCCCCAUGGCCCCUCCAUCACCACAGCCUCUGCACACUACAAUGAGGCCAGUACAACGCAGACGAGAGAGAGAGAAGGAGUCCUCAUUUUGCCUCCACUUUUAAGGAGCGGGGAUGACAUGUACAUCCCUCCUACUGUCUCCACUGGAGUAACAUUACUACCACUACUAGCCACUACUACUUCCCUUUGUGCUAGUCUAAUUGUAGUCUCUGCUCCACUCCUCUCUUCUCUCCGCCUCUUGUUAGCUGUAGUGGUGUGUAAAAUGCUGCUUGAUGACUUCAUUCAGACUAACCUCAUUUGGCUGUCUCAGUGCACAUUGUAAAUAGGAGGCUGUCUGGCCACUGUACAAGGGGAAAAAGCUGGCAUGUGUUAUUUUUAAUUCCUCACAUUAUGACUUUUUAUUUAUUUGCUGUUGUAAAUAUGUAAUCAGCGUCUCUCAGUGCACAGCACUAAAGGCAGUUUUGUUCACGAGGAUAAACAGUAGUAGGCAAGGAUGUUAUUUUUCUUCAUAAUUCCCUUUACAUCUUGAGUAGACAUGACUGAUUUUUUUUGGUGGGGGGUGUUGUCCUUUCUCUCUGCCAGGCUCUCAGAUUUGCCCUCUUGGCAUACUGUAUGUAGGCAGGCAAAACUAAAUAUAGCCAAGGGGAAAGCAGACGGAAAAAAUGAUGGGUUGUCUGCAUGUUUGGAGGUGAUUUUGGGGUGAAAGAGAGUAAGAGAAUAUCUUUUUUUCCUUUGGAGUAGAAUAGGAGGAUUUGUGCCACCAGGGGGUAGCGCCUCAAGGCAAAAAUCAGCAGGGCAGAAAAGUCAAAAGAUUAUGAGUAAUCCUCUCUCCUAGUAUCAGAGGUGUGCCUGCAGUCGAUAAUGAACUUGGGAUUGUUUGUUUAUCUGCGUGUGUUCCUGACUUUUUGUUUGUCUUUGAGUAUACAGCCAUGAAAAUUUUGGAGAUAAAUCUUCAUAAUCAGGCAGCAGAGUGUUACAAAACACCUCCCUGGGAGAUACAAAAACUGUGCUGUCAAUUUUAACUGCUACCAAACACAGAUAUUAGUCAUUUUGAACUGUGGCACCCCAUGAGCGUUGAUCCCAGAGGGUCAGUGGCUUCACACCACUGUUUUUGGUCUUUGUGAGCAUGACAGCUUCUCCGUCUUUAGUCCCCCUUUUAACAGUCUGUGGCUGUGCUUUUUUCUAGAUUAGAUGGUGUAGAAAAAGAGCCCCCGUUUAGAGGGAAUUACUCUCUGCUGUCACUGACUGUUCAAAGUGGUUGUUAGUGGCCCUGUUUUGUAUGAGCAGAUGAGAAUAAUACGCUGAGGCUGACUGAGCUGAGCACUGAUUUGAUUUGAAAGCUGGUUAGAGAAGAAACGUGUAAACCCGCGUAAAGAGCUGAUCUUCCAUUGGCUUGCCACAGACAUGCUUCCAGCUAAUUGAAUCAGAUGGAAUUUUUGCUCACUGACUAUCAAAAUAAUUGCUCACAAGCAGUUGUAAUGGUGAAUUAGAAGAAACAAGCAGUUAUGACCGAUUAUUCCUUUUCUGGAUGUCAUGAAGUCUCAAUAGAGGUUUUUUUGAAGGUGUUAAGCACACUUAUAAUGCAUUACAUCAGGUACAGAGGUGUUUUACGUUAUCUGAACUAUACAUACAACACUGGUCUUCCAUUCUUAGAAUAACAAAUUUGAACAAUGUUGCAUUUCAGCUCAGAGGCGGUCACAUCCAGUCUUUUCAUAAACUUCAUAAAUGGCUGAAUAACAAAAAGAAGGAUGCAAACAUUAAAAGUCUUCCCGUAUAGGCUCAGCAUAUGUAUUCAUCCAACUAUACAGACAGCAUGUGCAUACAAACAAACAGUUGAUUAAUGGUAGUCAUUAUUCAUAGUUUUUGCUGUUUCCUGCAAAGAUUUGUGCAUUGUAGAUGCUUGGGCAGCCACAAGGAGGGAGGAAAGAAACACAUAAAAACAAUGGUAGGUAGGAAGUGACUGCCAGAAUUUAAAGUAAACUGCAAGCGAACAGGUUUGUGCUCCGAAGAUGAAUGGUGGGUCAUUUAUUUUAGCUGGAUUUCUGCUGAUGGUGUGUCGCAGUACUCUGAAACUCACUCUGCUCGCCUCCCUCAGACGAGUGCCACUCUGCUCUCAGCUUCCGAUGCACAGUGGGGGCUUUGCAUGUGCUGUAUGUGGAGAAUGGCAUGCAAGACAGGUAAAUUAUAGUCAUCUGCAAUACCGCGCUACCCAGCGUCUACCUAAUGAAGGAGGCUUGAGCACAGGGGGGCAGGCCAUCUUUCUUCACCUUAACCUCGUACAGACGAGGUAAAAGAAAAUACAUUACACUGUGGGGGAGACUGUGUCGGCUCAGCUUGAUCCUGUGGCUGAUUUCGUUUUCUUUUUUUAUAUAUAUAUAUAGGUAUAUUUUUUUUUUGACAGAACUUAAGACUGACAUGUAUGAAACAGUUUAAAUGAAUAAAGAUGCAUUUGAUAUUAAACUGUGGUCUGAGGGUAUGUUGGCUGUGGGAAUUGUUCAGAAUUCUCACAGUUACAUACUUCUUAAUUAAAAGUUACUCAUAAGUCCUAGAGGAAAGAUUACGAUGUUGUAAGGUGACAUGAAAGAUGCCAAAGGUGGGAUAUCUUUGUGACUUUUACAUUAAAUAAAUCCCAGACCUGCUAGACUGAACCCUGGGCUCACACAGCUCUGCCCUCCACAUAGUUUCCUUCGUGUCCAUUUAUGCUGCAGGCCCAGUGGAGUUCCAUACUGACGGUUUGCAGUUGGGAGUAUAAAUUGCUUAUUUGUUGAGGUGACUGAGCAUGGCAUUGUGGAAAAUCUAUUAUUGCUACAGUGUGAAGACAGAUUGGCUGUUCCUCUUUGUGGCCACCUUGAGAAUAGCCGUCUCCACCAAAGGACACUGAGAAAGUCUAGAAAGAGACUUUUGUCAUUCAUCAUAUAGCAGAUAGUUGUUAUAGCGGUUGUAGAGGACAUGCUUCAACAGUGUUUUCUGGACAUUCUUGAUUUACAUUUACAGGAAUCGCUUAGGAGCUAAUCAAUGCUCAAAUGGUCCCAUAACCCAUAAAAGUUUUGCCGUUAAACAACUCCAUAAACAACAGCCACAUGCUGAAGAAGUCGAAGAAUAGUUAAUUGUGUGUUUAUGUACAUGUUUAGUUAUUCAGCUAUAUAAUACAGGUAUGAUGUUGUAUAAGUAUACAUGUUUCUCACUCCAGGUCAGUUUUUUUGUUAUUUACUUGAGGUCUUUCUGUGUUAUUGCUGACAUGAAGUUAUUUAACACUAAACACAGAGAUUCAUUGUUCAAGUGCAGCAUGUAUAGCUUGUUGGGCUAUGUUGUGUGGCAGUCUUAAGUUUUGGUGCACUCAUGUUGAGUGCUGAUACACUGAGGGGCUUCAUUUGUAAAACAGAAGUAGUAGUAGUUAUUUAUAAAACCUUGGUUUGAUGUAGAAAUGAUCUUAUGUAUAAGCCCAGUCAAGAGGUGGCACAAGUGAUUUUCCUGCUGGUUAAGUAGGCACUAUUUCUGACCAAACCUUUGUUUGUGCUGGCAUUAUAUAAGGGGAGAUCAGAGGCCAGGUACUGUCAGUUUGAGUUGAUUUGUGGAUCACAGGUGCGUAAGAUAACAAAUGGGAUUCACAGAACCUGCUUAAGCAACGUUUUUUAUUCUCAGCAUCUUUUUAUGAAUCGAAUGUAAGAACACUGUUGGAAAUGAUCUUUAGGCUGAGUUGAAGUAUAAAUCUUUAUUAACAUUUUCAUAAUUGAGGCCCCUGAAGCUGCCUUCAUCAGUUGUUUGUAAGUUUAAAAUGUAAAUGUAAGGAGCUGACUGAACCACCUGAGAAAGGUGGGAUAAGCGCUUUAAUCCCUUGAGGUUGAAGGACAGCUAAUGACAUGGUUUUCAAAAUACAUCUAACUGAGAUGAGAAUGCUGUUUAAUGGUGUGCAGUUAAGUGGGAAAUUUUUAAAUUACAUUUCACAACAAAAGUCUUAUUCCAGUAUACUGAUGACAUGAUUAACUGAUUAACCAUAUAAUGUCAAGUUACUGUAAUCAGAUAUUCUAAAUUGUACAACUACUUCUAAAUCUAAUUCCUCUCAUAUGCAUUUGCAUUGCAUUCGCUUGGACAACAGUACUGGUGUUUACCCUGACAGUUGAUUUACAUAUAACUGAAGAAUUUACAAGCUGAGAUAUUCCUCAAGUUUUAAUGCCAAAACCCAGUUCAAUAAAUAAGAAGUUUGAUUCCAUCGUGGUUAGUUGUUACUAAGAACUUACAAACAGCUGGUGAGAGACAAUUCUGGUUCUAGAUACAAACAUACACUUUGGAUACAAAUAUUUGCAUUCACUAAAAUAUUUUGGUGGCAUAUUCAUGAAUAGAUUUAAACUCCUAAAUUCAUGAAGUGUACCUAACCAAUCCUAAUGCAUCACAAUAGUUCAAACUGAAUUAUGUCAGACCGUCCAUGACCCAGUUGCAUCUGGUUUAUUUUAUGGGAAAGAUUUCUAACCAUUAGCUCUCCAUAACAAAUUCUCACAGGCCAUAAUAGCCCUGUAAUCCAAUAUGACCGUAUGUCAUCAUUAUAGCCUUCCUGAUUUGUGAUCCCUGUCCUGAACUGUCCUGUCUCUCGCCUUUCCCUUCCUCUCCGCUUUCUUCUGAUGGCUGCUUCCAGUCUUUUCUGAGCAGACGAUGCUGCUUUACACAGGAUGUACUCACUGCUGUCUAACAUCACUCACAUCCCUCCACCUCUUCACUUCCUUGAGCUCUGCAUCAAAAGUAACAUCAGCUUUGAGGCUUCUGUGGAUACACCCCUGAAUGUUAGCUCAAACAGCAGAGUCAGCUCUGCUGUCUCUGUGCGCUCUCAUUGUCUCGCCCUCCCAUCUUCAUCUUAGCCAUCGACAUCUUUCCUUUGGCAAGGGCUAUCAGUCUUCGGGUAGACAGACACACACACAUACACUGAAAGCAUGGAAGAGACACUGGAGGAAAUAACUUGGAAUCCCAAAAAUAACAAGGAAACCUCCAGAGCCCUCCCUAUCGUGAACCAACCAACAGGCACGCCCAGGAGAAGCAGCCCCACCACCACCACCCCAACCGGCUACAGUUUUGGACUGCAGAAGGAGCCCUCAUUGACUCUACUUGGCUGGCAAUUAGCUCUUGUUGACCCAGUGACUUUCCUUCACCAACAGGCUCCUCUUAUUGUCAUCAUGUGUUUUUUGGGACUCUUAGUCUGUGUAGUUGUUGUUCUCUUUCUCUCUCCUUGCCGAGCUGUUCUCAGUUUCAUAUUUGAUCUUCUUGAUGUUUGAUUACUUGAAGGGCAGGGCUUAGUUGCCUACAUUAUUUUCUACCAGGCAGUAUAAAAUGAAAGUUGGGGACAGAAGACAGCAAAGGGGAAACUGAAAAUCUGUGAAAUCCUUGUGUGUGUGUGCGUGCGUGCGUGUGUGUGCAUGUUUUUAGUUGGGGUGAUGAUACACAAGGGCAGCAUUUUAUUAAAUGGUGGGACAAGAUCACUGCAAGUAUAAGAAACUAUCGGCUCCAGUUUUUCAAAAUUGUCCACCUGCAUUUUCCUGAAAUGUUGCUGAUGUGUCAUUGCCUGCAAGGAAAAACAAACAAACAUUUGGGGCUCUGUCCAUUCCACAGCCAUACAACAGGCAUUUUUUUACGCUGUUUGUUGCACAAAACUUUUCAAGAAGCCUUCUGCACUGUGUAAAGAGGUAACGUUCUUAGGAGGGGAGGAAAUAAAAAAGGGGGGGGGGGGGGGUGUGGUCCAGUGGUACAGUCCAAUGGUUUUGAAUCGUGACUUGUAAAUACAUUUUCAUACAGCAAAAACUUUUUGAUAAUGUUUUAAAUGUAUCUGUAAAAAAAGAUGUACAUAAACCUCUGGGGUUAAAAGGAGUGUAGACUAUAUAUGAAUUUAUUUGUACACAAGAGCACUGGAUUUAUUUACUACUUGAUUGUAACUAAAAAUUAAUAAUCUGCCAAAGUGUUUUUGUUUUACUUUUUCUCCCGUCUGUUCUGUUUGUUUUUGUUUUGCUUUUUAACAGCAUUGCAGAUUUUUAGUGUUCAUACGGUAUUUAAUUCUGUUGAAUAGAUUUUGUUGUCGUGUGUUUAAAAAAAAAAAAAAAGAUGGGUUAUAAUUUUAAUUUAUUGGUGCCUUGUUUUGUGCUCCUGUAUACUUUUAAUUUUUUUCUGUGUUAUGUGUCUG